UAUACCUCCCUUUGAACGGCUCGCAGCAACUUCGUCGCCGGGGCUUCAUCGAUUGCAUCGCCCCUCGUUUGCCGCCUCCAUAUCACACCUCCAUCACCCAUCCGUCUGGACACCGUCGUCUCGACAUCACAUCGCAACCAUGGCUGACCGGUACAUUCCCGAGCAUCGUCGCACCCAGUUCAAGGCCAAGAGCGCCUUCAAGCCCGAUGAGCUUCGUCGCCGUCGUGAGGAACAGCAGGUCGAGAUUCGCAAGGCGAAGCGCGAGGAGAACUUGGCCAAGAGGCGCGGUAUUGGUGCUGGCGACUCGCGGCCUGGAGCUUCCCUUGGUGCCGCCCCCGACAGUGACGAUGAGAACCCUCCCACCGAGUCUCAGUUGAGCGAGGACCUUCCCAAGAUGGUCGAGGGUGUCUUCUCCAGUGAGAUCGAUAAGCAAAUUCAGGCGACCACUAAGUUCAGAAAGCUGCUCAGCAAGGAGCGCAACCCUCCCAUUGAGGAGGUUAUCAAGACCGGCGUCGUUGGUCGCUUCGUCGAGUUUCUCCGCUCCCCCCACACCCUGGUUCAGUUCGAGGCCGCUUGGGCCCUUACCAACAUUGCUUCGGGCUCUGCCACUCAAACCCAGGUUGUCAUCGAAGCUGGUGCUGUUCCCAUCUUCGUCGAGCUUCUCGGAAGCCCCGAGCCUGAUGUGCGUGAACAGGCUGUUUGGGCUCUUGGCAAUAUUGCUGGCGAUAGCCCUCAGUGCCGUGAUUACGUUCUCAGCUGCGGUGCUCUGCGUCCUCUGUUGACCCUCCUUGGUGAUAGCCGCAAACUUAGCAUGCUCAGGAAUGCUACCUGGACUCUCAGUAACUUCUGCCGUGGCAAGACUCCUCAGCCCGACUGGAACACGAUCGCCCCUGCUUUGCCAGUUCUCGCCAAGCUCGUCUACUCGCUCGACGACGAGGUUCUUAUUGACGCUUGCUGGGCCAUCUCCUACCUCUCGGAUGGAUCCAACGACAAGAUCCAGGCGGUUAUUGAAGCUGGCAUUCCCAGGCGUCUCGUUGAGCUCCUCAUGCACGCUUCCACCUCUGUUCAGACGCCCGCGCUUCGAUCCGUUGGUAACAUUGUGACGGGAGACGAUGUUCAGACCCAGGUUAUCAUUAACUGCGGUGCCCUUCCCUGCCUCCUGUCGCUUCUGAGCUCCAACAAGGAUGGCAUCCGCAAGGAGGCUUGCUGGACCAUCAGCAACAUCACUGCUGGAAACUCGGCUCAGAUCCAAUCUGUCAUUGACGCCAACAUCAUCCCUCCUUUGAUCCACCUUCUCUCCCACGCCGAUCUCAAGACCCGUAAGGAGGCCUGCUGGGCUAUCAGCAACGCGACUUCGGGUGGUCUCCAGAAGCCCGAUCAGAUCAGGUACUUGGUUGCUCAAGGCUGCAUCAAGCCGCUCUGCGACCUCCUGGCUUGCCCCGACAACAAGAUUAUCCAGGUUGCCCUGGAUGGUCUUGAGAAUAUUCUCAAGGUUGGCGAGCUCGAUAAGAACGCCGCUGGCGAUGGCCCUGACUCGAUCAACCGUUAUGCCCUGUUUAUCGAGGAAUGCGGAGGAAUGGAGAAGAUUCACGACUGCCAGACGAACGCCAACGAGGAGAUCUACAUGAAGGCGUACAACAUCAUUGAAAAGUACUUCUCCGACGAGGACGAGGCCGGUGAUGAGGCCAUGGGCGCUCAGCAGCAGUUUGGAUUCGGCGCUUCCGGGGGUGCCCAGCAGGGUGGCUUCAACUUUGGUGCUAACGGCACCGAGUCGAUGGACAUGUAAAAUGCUGUACGAUCCGUCUAGUUCCUUUUGCGAAGGGGAUGGUUGGGUCAAAGAUUGGGAUGAGGGGACCCAGAUGCGAUGUUUAUCACGGCACCAUCUGGGAAAUCCUACCCUAAACGUCUUACCCCCAUCAGCCUUUCGGCUCCCCCAUACGAGUUCAUUCGCCCACACACAAGUCACAACACGGCAGAACUAUAUUGCUUCAAUCUCAUAGUGCCCCCUCACGCUUAUCCACCACACCAUACCCCUUGAAUUGGCGUUAUCAAAGUUAUGUUUAAAAGAGAAAGGCGAGGAGAAGUAGACGCACAUGGAGGCCGAUUGGUCCUUUGGUGCGAAAGCUCGAACCUGAUGAGGACACGAUGAUGCGUUUUAUGAUGAAGGGAGAGUAAAUUAAAGGGUCUGAAUGGUAGCUUGAAAGCUCCAACCCUAUAGCCAUGUUCGGACGCGCAGUGAUCAAGCCAAGGAGAAGGGAGCGGGAGCCUCGGGGCCGAUGGAAAGGGCCGUCCAGGGGAUGGGAAGUAUUCACAGCCUCUAAUGGUCAUUGCUAGUGCAUGGCCAGAGAGUAGAGGUCACAGUUGGUUUGUCGGGGCAGUUGGCUAUGCAGUCACGACCAAGUGGGCUCAACGACACCAAUUAUAGCGAGUAUCUAGUCAACAUAGCUAGCUAUAUGCUCAGCAAGUUUACAUGCUUCUCAAAA